AUGGAAAAAGAACAUAGGAAAAAGCCAUUUUAUUUCACCCGAAGACACACAAGACGGAGAGCGGGGCGCCGGGCGGGGCAGACAGCGCCGGCCGCGCUGCGAUCAUCGGGGCUCCCCGUUACCCCGCGGGGCCCGAGAGCGCCCGGGCCCGCCGCCAAGAAGCCGAAGAAGGCGGCGAGCGGCUCCAAAGCCCGCAAGCCCGCGGGGCCCAGCGUCACCGAGCUGAUCACCAAGGCCGUGUCCGCCUCCAAGGAGCGCAAGGGGCUCUCGCUCGCCGCGCUCAAGAAGGCGCUGGCCGCCGGCGGCUACGACGUGGAGAAGAACAACAGCCGCAUCAAAUUGGGCAUUAAGAGUCUCGUCAGCAAGGGCACCCUGGUGCAGAGCAGAGGUCUGGCUCUCUCCGCCUCAGCAAAAAAAAAAAAAAAGCCCGGAGAAGCAAAAGAAAAGGCUCCUAAGAAAAACAAAACAAAACAAAACAAAAAACAAAAACCCACAGUAAUCAAGCCGAAGAAGCCGGCGGCUAAGAAGCCCGCCAGCGCCGCCAAGAAGGCGGUGGCAGCAAAGAACAGCCUCAAGAAAGUUAUGUCCGCAGCCAAGAAGGCAGCCAAGAGUCCCAAGGUGACAAAGGCUGUCAGGCCCAAGAGCGCGGCAGCAGCGAAGAGCCCGGCUAAGGCGAAGGCGGUGAAGCCCAAAGCAGCCAAGCCGAAAGCGGCCAAGGCAAAGAAGGCAGCUCCCAAGAAGUAAGCCCCAAGGGGAAAUAAUCCUGCUUCGCAUUUAAAUCCAACGGCUCUUUUAAGAGCCACCGACAUUUUCGGAAAUGGGCUGAAAUGCUGUGCCUGCCGCCGUUUUGGCGGGGGGGGUGUGGGGGAACCGCAGGCUGCUGGAAAAUGUGCUGUUUGAGUCCGGGAACAGCUCGAGGCGCUCUUGAAUUGGUUGGGGAGGGUAACAGCGCCUUGGUAGCUCAAAAUGCCCACGAGGCGCGGGGAUUGGUUGCGGAAGGGCCGAGCUGCUUCCUGGAACCGCUGCCAGCCCCGCCCCAGAGCGAAG